AUGGAUUUACAAAUUUAUGUCUCUUUCUAUGUGCAAAUAUGUGAUUAGAGUGGACCAAAAAUUACUAACGAACCUCUUAACAUAUAGAUAAACUCUAAAAGUGUGCCAAAGCUGAAUUAAAACCUAUCACAAUUUAAAUAUAAUUAAACAUAAAUUUUAGUCAAAAAAUAUUCUAUUCCUCCUUAAACUAUUUUUGAUUUAAACGUAAAUGCCUCUCUAGUCAGUGAUUCAUCAAUUACUAAUUUAAAAUCUUAAACUAUUACACCUAACAUAUCUAAUUUAUUUAUAUAGAUUGUAGGUGGAUAAAAAGGAGUGUUUGGUUUCAAACAGCCCUUAAAUUUAACUGGAUUAGCAAGAGACUUUGAGCUUGAAGACCCAAACUAAGAUUAACAAAUUAAUUUAAAGUGGGAUUGCGUUUCCCUUACCUCUAAUCAAAAUGAUAAUAAGUGCUAUGACUAUAAUAAUCACCCAAUUAUUUUGCAGCAAAAUGUUCCUAGUAUUUCGAUACCAGGUUCUACUUUUAGCCCAUAUUAAUCUCUUUUGUUUACUUUUACAGGAACCAAAGAUUCCCGUUAGUAAUCUUAAUCAACUAUGGUCAUCUUAUCAGAAACUGAUAUUCCUAUUUUAAUUGCUAACUUUAAGGAUCUAUCUUAGUUGAUAUAAGUCAACAUUAACUAAGAUAUUGAUGCAACUCUCAUAUAUGGAAGUAAUGUUUCAUCUGACUUGCUAAGCUAUGCUGGUGCAAUACUUUAUAAUAAUAUGGUAGUAGGAGCUAUAAAAUUUGAUUAUUAUAAAGUGAGGUUUAGAAUUUGGGAUUAUUUCGUAAAUGUUCUUCCAUCAAACCCUAUUGUAUAAGUCAGAUUCAGUGCAUACAAUCCUUAUUACAUUAUGCCUAGUUUAAGUAUUACUAAUUUUAAUAUAAAUUUACCACCCAAAAAUUGUGUACUAUCUGUAAACACUCCUAGUGGAUAAGCUCUAUAAACAAUUUUUUAAAUAAAAAUGUCUGGUUGCACCUCAGCUAAUUCACCUAUAUCUUAUUAAUUCUUUUACUACCUUAGUGAUACUGAUUAUUAGUAAGAAUAGAUAUCCCCAAAUUACAUCCUAAGAAGGUAAAUAAUGGAUUAAAGCUUACAAAACGAAUUUUAUACUGUACUCCCUUCAGGGAAUUUAAUAUUAAUGGGUUAGGCUAUUGAUAAUUUUUUAGCUGUUUACAAUACAACUGUAUAGGUAAACAUAUAACCAUUUGCUCAAAACGAAAUUUAAAUAAACAGUAUUAUUGACUAAGCUUUACAAAUUAAUAGUGACUAAACAAUUUCCUAAAUUAUUUUAAACCUAUGUGUGAUAGGAGAAGAAAUAUCUAAGAACUACCCAGUUUAUAACCUUGAAUCAGUUAAAACUAAAAAAUCUUAGCUCAUUUAAUUAAUAAUAAACUAAGUCAAUUUUCUACCUAAUUCAUCUUUACUAUCAACAUAUGCAAACAAAGUAAUUGCCAAACUACAACAAUCUUUAACUAUUUAAUAAGAAUCUUAGAUCAUCCCUAUUCUAAGCUUCCUUAAUGGAAUUCUAUAAAACUAAUAAUCUUUAAUUAGUUAGGAUAAUAUGUUUAUAAAUAACAAUAAUGUUUUUCUUCAAAAUGUAGUAGACUCUUUUAAAGUAUUAAAUUCGACUACUUAAACUCUUUAAAAUAAUUUGAUAUCUCAACAAAUGAAUAUAUCAGACUAAAUAUGCAGUUACCUAAGUAAAGCAACUCUACCUAAUUAAGGAGGAGUAUAGCUAUAAGGAAAUUUAAUAUCACUUGAUUGCUCAUAAAUUACUUCAAAAAACCUUAAAUAUAUUAUUAAUGAUUAUUAGGAUUCACUAGCAGCAGACGUCUAUUAUUUAGGUUAGACUACUUAUUCUAGAAAUCCCUUCCAACAAACAUCUGAAUUCUAGAAAUAUAUUUAAGAAUUAAAAUAAGUAGACUCAAGCAUAGCAAUUACUAUGAAUCCAGUAAUAAAAUAUUCAUUAGACUUAGUAAAUGCAAGCUCAAAUAGAUUAUUAUAUCAAUAAGGUUCUAACUUUGAACAAGCGAGAGAUAUACUUAGCAAUAGAAAAUUAAUUAAUGAAAAUUAAUAGGAUAAUCAAUAAAAACUUUUUAUUUUUAAAUUUUAAGACCUUUAACCCUCUAAUAAUAAUUAAACAUGCCUUUAAAUGCAAUAAUCAUAAGCUUGGUCUUCUAAUGGAUGUACCUAUUUAACUAACAAUAAUAAAUACUAUUGCUACUGCAAAAGCACAAGUCCUACAACUGUGAUUGAUGAUCUAGAAUCAUUGCUUAUUAAUAAAAAUUUAAAAACAGCUUUUAGUUCAUAAGGAUUUAAUAAAUUAACUAAUUUUGAUAUAUUUUAUUAAUAUGCUCUUGUUUGGACUAUUUUUACUAUAACUUUAUUAUAAUUGGGUUUAUAUAAAUAUGGUACAAUUCUAGACAAAAAAUUUAGCAAAACUACUAUCUCAUAGAUUAUGCCAAUGGCUGCAUCUGAAUAAGAAAAUCCUCCUAUUAGUUAAAAAAAUUAGACUCCAAGUUUGCAAUACUAAAGUAUCUAAGAAUUAAAUGGUGUUAUAUAGUAAAAUAACAAUUAAAAUUAGAAUUUUUUCAUAAAUUCUAAUAGUCAAGCAAGAAGAAAAAAACAAAAAUUUUUAAAUACUUUAACAAUUUUAAAAAAUGAAAAAAUUGAAUCAAACUAAAUCGAAAUUUUAAAAUUAGACAAUUAAAUAUCAACCGAGUAACCAAAUUAGCUGAAAAAUCUUAAUAAUUAACCGCUUUAAAUUUAGGAAUAAGUCUAAUCAGAGUAGAUUUAAGAGUUAAAGUAACCACAAAUUUAAGAUGAAAAGCUAAAUUAAGGUUAAUUAAUAGCUUUUUAAGAAGUAUAAUAAGACAAAUUAAUUAAUUCAAAUAAGACAACUGUAAGUACAUUUUAAGAUUAGAGCAGCAAAAUUAAUUUAAUAAAUGAAGAUAUUAAAUUAAAGGAAGAUGAAAUUUAAACUAUUGAACAUCUUAAAAAAUUAUCUCUUUUAAUAUAAUUUAAAGUGUUUCACGCAUACUUUAAUACAAUAUAUACAUAUGAGCCAUCUCUUUCAAGACCAAUAAGAUUCAAUAUUAUUUACUUGAGGGUAGUCCACUCUUUAUGUCUGUCAACAGUAUUUGAUGAAAGUUACAAUAGCAUGAAAACAAAAAUCUAAGAUGUUUUAUUUAGGAUGAGUUUGUUCAAAAAACCAAGUCGUGAAGUGAAAGAGCUGGAUAAAUAAUCAUUCAGAUAGAUUGAAGAAUAAAUUGCUAAAGAAAUGAAUAUCAUGAAUAUUAUUAAGGAUAUCAUAUUUUUGAAAAAAACAGUAAUGAUGAUACUUACUAAAGAUCAAUAAGCAACUCUGCAACUUAUUGGAUGUUCAUCAAGCUUUUUAGAUCUUAAUCUAAAUAAUAUGAAUGUGAGCUUUGAAUAACUAGAAAAAGAAAAAAAUCUAAGUCAUUACGAAAGUUAGCUUGCCAUUUAAUAAUUAGAAUAAUAUAUGGAAGAAAAUUUAGUAAAAUUCUUAAAUAGAAAUCAGAAUAGUUCAAAUCAGAGUAUCUUAGAUUAAAGAAUUAUAUUUUCGCUUAAAAAGAGAAUAAUUAUAUAAAUGAUUAAGACGUGCUAAAAUUAAACCAAAGAGCUAAAAGAAUGA